AUGUCAUCUAGCACCAGCGCCAAACCAUAUAUGACAGCCAUAGUAGCUGCAACUUCCAACAAUGGAAUAGGGUUAAAUGGCGGUCUACCAUGGAGAUUACCGGGAGAAAUGAAAUACUUCGCUAGGGUAACCACCGGUGAAAACCCUUCUGAAGACCCGGAGCAACAAAAUACAGUUAUAAUGGGUCGAAAGACCUGGGAGAGUAUACCAUCGAAAUUUAGACCUUUGAAAGGUAGACGGAAUUUGGUGAUCUCAAGUAAAGGUGUUGAUGUCUCCAACUCACCCAAUACAUCUGCGCACACCUCCCUCCCAUCCGCUCUUUCCUCUCUUCCUUCCACAUCCUCAAGGACAUUCCUAAUAGGUGGUUCUCAACUAUAUACCACCUGCUUGACCUCCUCUCCACCAAUGGUAAAUCGUGUACUGCUCACUAGGAUCUUAUCCCCGGAUUACCAGUGCGAUGCGUUCUUAGAGGAUUUCACAUCCCAUAGCAAUAGCGAAAAUGGGAAGAAUGUAUGGAAGAAAUCGACUCAUGAGCAAUUACAAGAUUGGCUAGGUUUUAAAGUAGAUGAGGAGAAUGAAGAGAAGGGUACGAAGUAUACAUAUGAAAUGUGGGUUUUGGAUCAGUAA